AUGGCUAGCCCCCAAAGGAGGGUAGAGACUCUCAAGAAGAUCAUCCAAGCCUCGUCCAUUGAUUUCGUCUGCCCUAUAUGCCUCAAAGGCUUUCCCCGAUCCGACGCUCUAUACCACCACUUCCGUAAGCAGGGAGACAAUACGCAUGCAGGACUGGCAAAAAGAACUUCAAAGAAACAGUCCAAUAUGGAAGAAUUCCUCACCUGCUACCGACAGUCCGUCAACACUUCCAUAGCUGUCGAAAGCAUUCCUCUACACUCUCAUUGUUUUAAGGUCGACUUUGUAGUCGAGAAUUACGGAGAGAACAUUGAGACGCCACACCGGACUCUUCUAAGAGUUAUAGAAAAUUCUAAGAUUAGGUUCUCAUGUCCCCAAUGUCUCAAAGGCUUUCCUCGUUCUGACGUCCUAUACGAACAUUUUCGACGAACCGGUGACAACGUACAUGAUGGUCUUGCAAUGAGGAGAACCGACUUCGACCGGUUCCUGUCUUGCUACCAAGAAGCUCUUAGGGCUUCUAUCCCUUCAGCACAGCUCCCAUCCAGCGCCAAAUGCUUUGAGUACAGGUUCAUAGUCGAACAUUAUGGAGAGGGCGACGAAAAUCACCAGAGCAUAUAA